UCUUUCAUGCCCUAUCAGUCAUUUCUACCUUAGUAAGAAUGAGUUUAUCAGCUCUUCUGUGAGGAAGAAGGGAGGGUGCAUGAGUUGUUCUAGGCAGCUGGGUUUCCAGGGGAGAGGGCCCUGCAGAGGAGCAUGAUCACAGAUGAGGCAGUGGAGGGCCCUGCCCACCGUCCUGCAGGAGCACUGGAGCCCCUCUUGGUGCCUCCUUCCUGGGACCGGGUCUGGAAGGCAGAGUAGUAAAGGGAUGGGACUGAGCAGCCAGACUUGCUGAGUUUUGAAUUGCAGCUCUGCCACUUCCAAGUUGUGUGACCCUGGGCAGGUCUCUCUGAGAGCCGGUUUCAUCUGCAAAAUGGGAAGAAUAACAAUACUUCCCUCGGGGCUGCUGUGAGGACUGAACGAGUUGAGGAGCACAGGGGCCUCAGCACUGUGCUUGGGCCUCAGCGAGGGCUCCGGGGUCGCAGCAGCCAUCACGAUCCUCAGUCUCACAGCUGGGCCAGGGCUUCUCCCCCAUCCUCCACUUCGGGACUUGCCCUGUUGGACCCUGUUGGACCCAGGUCUUCUGAGCCCAGGCAGCUCUUCAUUGUGUCUGCCCCUCCCCCUCCUCUCUUGAAGGCCUGUCUUCAGGGCUCCUGAUCCCACACCCAAGUUGUCUCUUUAAAGGGCCAGCACCCCAACCUGGCCCUGCAGGGGCUUAGACUUGGAGGGGGUAAGGGGCUUAGACUUGGUACAUCGUGACCUGCACAGGUGCGGGUUACAGACAGGCAGACUGAGGGCUCAGUGAGGUGCCUGUCCCUCUGGCCCUUGGCCAUCUUCUGCUUCUCUGGUGCCAGGGAGCACAAUCUUGGACCUGCUGGCUCGGGCAUUGCCAGAGGUGGCAGUUCCCUAGUCUGGGGAAUUUUAGAUGGAGCUGCCUCCCCCGGUGCCCUGCCACAAAGGACGGACUCUGGGGUGCCUGUAAUUGGCCAAGCCGCCCCUUCUCCCAGCUUUGUUUGUAUAGGGUGGCAAAAAUCGUCUGGAUUGCUGGCUGGGUCUGGUCCAAACCUCCUGCCGAAUUCCUUUUCUGUGGAGUCACUGCGGGUUGGGGUGGGGGCUGUGGGAGCUCUCCUCGGAGGGCAGGGCUCGCUUACCUCCUGGCCUUGUCUGCUGUUCCUCUUGUCCCAGAACAGUAGCUUAGGGAUGGUUCCGAGCUCAGAGAGGUGUUGGCGGAGGGUCAGCAGCGCAGCCCAGGCUGGGAGCCCAGCUGGGAGCCAGCAGACCUGGGUCCUCGGCCCACGUCCUCCUCUGUGACCUCCUCCCUCACCGAGCCUCCCAGCCCAGCUCAUCUCAGAGGGCCUUUCACACUCUGACAGCUGGGGAUUUUCUAAACCCAUUGUCUUUUUUAGCCAGCCUGGGGAUGGGACUGAAACAGAAAGGUAAGGAGUAAAGCAGAAAAAUGCAGGGACAUUGAGAGUUCUGGGUCAUUCAAACAUGGGGACCUUCUAUGAGCCUCACAGCGUGGGAGCCGGCCAGGCAGGAGCCCGGAACUCUGCACUCAUGUAGUGGCAGCGUUGGGCCGGAGCACUAGCCUCUCCGAGAAGGACCUGAAGGAGGCCAAGGCGCGGAGCCGGCAGAUUGCAGCCCAGCUGACCACCCCUCCCAGCUCCAAUUCCCGUGGCGUCCAGCUAUUCAACAGGCGCCGGCAGAGGGUGAACGAGUUCACCUUGGAGAGCCACGGCCAGAGGGGACCGAAGCCCAGCCAGGAGUCCCUCAGAGUGCUCCCUGCGAGCCCCCCAGGCCAUGCCCCAGGGCUCAGCCUGAGUCCCACCUCACUGCCUGAGCCAGGCCCUCCAAGGCACCCCAAACCCCAGAGCCCCGGCAGAGGGGUCCCUGGUCACAGCAUGGAGGGCUACUCAGAGGAGGCCAGCUUGCUGCGGCACCUGGAGCGGGUGGCCAGUGAGGAGGAGGAGGUACCGCUGGUGGUGUAUCUAAAGGAGAACGCAGCCCUGCUGACAGCCAAUGGGCUCCACCUGUCCCAGAACCGGGAGGCCCAGCAGUCCCCACCGACCCCACCUCCGGCGGAGGUCCACAGCCCAGCCGCAGAUGUCAACCAGAACCUUCCCUCGCCCAGUGCCACACUCACCACACCAGCUUCUAACAGCAGCCACAACCUGCCAGCCACCGAUGUCAAUCAGAACCCACCGGCGACUGUCGUCCCGCAGAGCCUGCCUCUUGCUAGCGCCCAGCAGAAUUCCUCAGAGGCCCAUCUCCCGCCGAACGGCACAGUGCCAGAUGCCAAACCCAGCACCCUGUGUGCCGAUGGGCAAGCCCAGGGGCCAGGUCCGGAGGUGAGAUCCAGCACCCUCCUAAUUGACAAGGUGUCGACUCCACCUGCCACCACCAGCACCUUCUCCAGGGAAGCUACUCUCCUUCCCAGCGCCGGGGCCCCAGCCCCAGAUUUCAUGUCUAGCUCCCUCCUCAUCGACGUCCAGCCCCAUACCCUAGUGGUGUCAGAACAAGAGAUGUCUGGGCGGGCAACCGCCACCACGCCCACCAAGGUGUACAGUGAGGUCCACUUCACCCUGGCCAAGCCCCCCUCGGUGGUCAACAGGACGGCCAGGCCUUUUGGGAUGCAGACGCCAGGGGGCACCAGCCAGAUGGAGCGGAGCCCCAUGAUAGAGAGACGACAUCUUGGGGAGAAGGCCUCGGUCCCCCAGCCCCCCAGUGUGGCAGACCGGAGCCCCCGGCCACAGAGGCACGUGAUGUCGCACAGCCCCAUGGUGGAGAGGAGGCUGGUGGGGCAGCGCAGCCCAGCCUCAGAGAGACGCCCUGUGGGGAACUUCGCCCCGCCCCCCACCUACGCUGAGACUUUGUCCACAGCCCCUCUGGCUUCCCGGGUCCGGUCCCCGCCGUCUUAUUCCGCCCUGUACCCCAGCUCUGACCCCAGGCCUUCUCAUCUGAAGGGCCAGGCGGUUCCUGCCAGCAAGACGGGCAUUCUGGAGGAGUCGAUGGCCCGCCGGGGCAGCCGCAAAGCCAUGUUCACCUUCGUGGAGAAGCCCAAGGUGACCCCAAAUCCAGACCUGCUGGAUCUGGUACAGACGGCCGAUGAGAAGCGGAGGCAGAGGGACCAGGGGGAGGUGGGCGUGGAGGAAGAGCCCUUCGCGCUGGGGGCCGAGGCCUCCAACUUCCAGCAGGAGCCAGCACCUCGGGACAGGGCCAGCCCUGCAGCAGCUGAGGAGGCCGUCCCAGAGUGGGCCUCCUGCCUCAAGUCGCCCCGCAUCCAGGCCAAGCCAAAGCCCAAACCCAACCAGAACCUCUCCGAGGCCUCUGGGAAGGGGGCUGAGCUCUAUGCCCGCCGCCAGUCACGGAUGGAGAAAUAUGUCAUCGAGUCUUCAGGCCCCACGGAGCUGGCCCGCUGCCCUUCACCCACCAUGUCCCUGCCUUCAUCCUGGAAAUACUCCACUAACGCCCCCGGGGGCUUCCGAGUGGCCUCCCGAAGCCCAGCCCGGACCCCGCCUGCCUCCCUCUACCAUGGGUACCUGCCUGAGAACGGGGUCCUGCGCCCAGAGCCCACCAAGCAGCAGCAGCCGUACCAGCUGCGGCCCUCGCUCUUUGUCCUCUCGCCCAUCAAGGAGCCUGCCAAGCCCCUGCCCAGAGCCGCCUCGCCCAGAGCCGCCUCGCCCAGAGCCGCCUCGCCCGCCAAGCCCAGCUCCCUGGACCUGGCGCCCAGCCUGCCCAAGGGUCUCCCUCCGUCGCCUGCCCUGCCUCGGCCGUCCCGCUCCUCCCUGGGCCUCUGCACCUCACCUGGCCAGGACGGCCUCCAGCCCACUGCCGUGAGCCCUCCCUACAGCGGUGACAUCUCCCCCGUGUCUCCCUCCAGGGCGUGGCCUCCCCGAGCCAAGCAGGCCCCCAGGCCCUCCUUCUCCACCCGGAACGCCGGGAUCGAGGCUCAGGACCGCCGCGAGAGCCUGCCCACCUCCCCGCCCUGGACGCCGGGCGCGUCCCGGCCCCCCAGCAGCCUAGACGGCUGGGUGAGCCCGGGGCCGUGGGAGCCAGGCCGCGGGAGCAGCGUGAGCAGCCCCCCGCCGCUGCCGCCGCCGCCGCCCAUGUCCCCGUCGUGGAGCGAGCGCUCCGUGUCCCCGCUGCGACCCGAGACCGAGGCGCGGCCCCCGAGCCGCCAGCUGCAGGCGCUCCUGGCGCGAAACAUCAUCAACGCGGCCCGGCGCAAGAGCGCCUCCCCGCGGCCGGCGGGCGCCGAGAGCCUGCGGCCCUUCUCCCCGCCGACGGCGCCGCCGCCGCCGCCGCCACCGCGCAUGCGCUCGCCGCAGCCCGCCCGCCCGGGCCCGGCCUCGGCGCCAGGAGGGGCUUUCGCCCCGAUCCCGCGGAGCCCGCUGCCCGCCGGGCCUUCGUCCUGCGCCGGUCCCCGGAGCCCGCUGCCCGCGCCGCUCAGGCCCUUCCUCUACCGCCGCUCGCCCACGGACUCCGACGUAUCCCUCGACUCCGAGGACUCCGGGGCUAAGUCGCCCGGCAUCCUCGGCUAUAACAUCUGCCCCCGCGGCUGGAACGGCAGCCUGCGGCUCAAGCGUGGCAGCCUCCCCGCUGAGGCCUCCUGCACCACCUAAAGCCCCACCCCUCAUCCCCAACCCCUGGAAAGCCGAGCCCGAAGAAGAGUCAUCAGGCUUGGGGAACCCAAGGGGUCUGGCCUCUUUGGACAGCCCCAGAGAUAAGGGGUCAGGGGAGGAGAGCACUGGGUUUGGGGAUGGGUGAGGCAUGCAAGCUUCGGUGCUAGCCCUUCCUCUGCCGUUCAGUGGAUGUGUGACCUGGGGCAAGACCCUUCCCCCGUCUGACCCUCAGCUUUCCCAUCUGUUUAAUGUGUCUUCUGCCAAGGCAAUCUCCAAACGUCUAAAUUCCACACUCCUCCCCCAUCAACACACACACACACACGUGUCUUGGAAGUGGUAGGGUGCUGUGCAUAUGGGCCCUUAGACUUGUCACAUCCAGGGUUCCAUACUCCUCCCUCCCCUCCUGGCUCUGCAAGUGAGGUGUGUUCAGAAGAUCCUAGGCCUGUGUCCCACGGCCAGGCCCUGGCUUGACCAUCCGGCUCCCUGGCACCAAGUCCCAGGCAGGAGCAGCUGUUUUCCAUCCCUUCCCAGACAAGCUCUAUUUUUACCACGGUGACCUUUAGUGAGGUCUCCCAGGCCAGCUCAAGGUGCCUCGCUGGCCUUUUGGAGAGAAGAGGCAGGAAGAUGUUCCCCGGGCCUUUGUCAUGCUAUUUUCUCCAACCCAGCCUAGGCUAACCACGGCAUCUUAUCUGCAGCCAGAGAAGACAGCUAUAAGGCAAUGAUUUCCCCCAGGUCCAGGACUUGGGCCUCCAGCCCAUCUGUCCUUUUGGGCCCAUUCAUGGCAGGUUCUGGGCUCAAAGCUGAGCUGGGUAGAGAAGAAGAGAGAUGCAGCCUGUGGCUCUGAUUGUCAUCAGUUUGGGGCUGCCUAUUUGAAAGAGGGAAGCAAAGAGUUCCUUGUUAUGGGAAGUAUGCAAGCUGUGGCCAGGAUGCCUAGAGGAGGUUCUAGGAGGGGGUGGGAUUGGCUCAGAGGACGGACCCCUGAGUCCUGAAUUGCAUUCCAUGGUGUUAGGAAGUAGGGGAAGGUGGUGGAGGAGAAUUGGCUGGGCAUGAAUUCUGGGGCAGAUGGGCUUGGGUGGUUGAGUGAGGGAUUAGGCCAGGAUCUGCCUGUGUCUCUGGCCUGCUAGGAAGUACCCCCUCUUCAGUUUCAGAUCCCAGCCCCAGUGUCCAUAUCAUGCCCAGAAGAGUGCACACUGUCCCACCCAUUUCUUUCCCAUUGCACUCUGGCCUAGCUAGUGCCUGCUGCCCAGCAACCUUGGGGAGCCUGGCUGCAAGCCCUAGCCUGUCCCUUAAACUUUGGUGGCUCUGAUUCCAUUCCCCAGGAGGGACACAGGGAGGAAUAUGGCCGAGUUCUGUAGUUUCCAGAGGUGGCUGGUAGUGCCUUCUAGAGGUUCAGAAUAUCAGCUUCAGGAUACUCUAGAGAGCUGGAAUUGGUCAAGGAUCAAAGGUAUGUAGGUGAAAGGAUACCAGGAUGUUGCUAAAGGUGAGGGACAGAGUGUGACUUGGGGACUUACCCAACCAUCAGGGUGAUGUUCGAUUUGGAACCCCCAAGUGAGGCUGGGGAAAGUUAGGGUCAGGAUGAAAGAUAGUCAGGGUUGGAUAGGGUGCUCUGGAAUGACAGUGUGAUCCCAGAGGGUUCCCAGGGUCUAAGGAAUGGGGCCAUGGGUCCGGUUGGUGGGAAGAUGAGAGGGUGCUCCUGCUCAGUUAAUGGUGACUGACCGUAUUUACUGAAGCCCCCACCUACUGCAGGGUCCCUUGUAACACAGGAGACUGGGGCUAAGGGCCUCCCAGCAGAGAAGAGACCCGAGGAGGCCUCUGGCUGCUGCAGUGGCAGAGAGGAUCCACUUCUACCUGCUAUGUCCCCAAGGGCCAGCAGGAGGCAGCCUUGCAAAGUUGCUGCUCCUAAACCAGUCUCGGCUGUUCUCUUAUUGUCACUGCCCUCUCCCCCUCCUCUCCUUUGACCCACUAGAGCUUGCCUGUGUCCUGCGUCUUGCCUCCUGUAGAAUUCAGCUCUGGCCCUCAAUAAAUGCUUCCUGCACUC